AUGAUUAGUAUCGUCAGCCAAGCGGCAAUCAUGCCUUUCAAACAAAAGGGAAACGUACUGCGUUCGACUAUAGAAACUUCACCGUUGGUGAUUGCAAAUGCUGACAAUUAUGCUUGGUUCACCAGGUUCGCGAAUGAGGUUUGCUGGUCUAAUCAGUGCGGUCAUGGUUUUGCUACCCCGAGAGACAAUAUCUUUGCCCCGCCGGGAGCAGGUAAUGUUUCUGGUAAAAAGAGGGAUGGCCCUGCCGAGGGCGAUCGCUUGGGUCAUUAG